GAGAACCUAGCUUUCAAGUGGGCCAAGAUAAAGCCCAGUUUGUCCCACUGGGCUGGGUACGCACAGAACCUACCCAGGCGAACAGGAUAUCGAGCCUCUCCUCGUUUCGGCCCUCCUCGCUUGCGCGCCGCCGCCGACUAUGGCCGCCGCCGGGGUGGAGCCUCGCCCCAACCCGCCUCCUACCAUGGCUUCCGACCUCCCCAACGGAAGUAAAACCAAGUCGCGAGAGUCCGACCGGCGCCGCCGCCGCCGCAAGGUCAAGAAGAACAAGUCCGCCGCUGAGGCCGGUGCCCAGAACGAGGGCGGGGGAGCUUCUAGCUCCGACGCCAAGGAGAACGCAGAUCCUAACCCCGAGCCCAUGGUGGAGGUGGAGAUAGAGUAUGUACUGGAGAAGGCCGAGCUGGACGAUCCUCUCCUCGAUGACUUCAAGACCAUCUUCGAAAAGUUCACCUUUAAGGGCAUGCACAAUGAGUGUCUUAAGUUGUGUCUUAAAGUGUGCCUAAGGAGAGUGCGUCAUUGGGGUGGCCUGCCGUCGAACUGCGCGUGGGCACGUGCCUCGACCAGGUGCACACAUGGCUGCUCCGUCGCGGUGCGUAGCUUCUCCAGCACUGGCAGCAGGCCCGACAGCCCGCUCGCACUGGCCCGGCCCUUUGCCAGCGAUGCCGGACCUCGUCCCUUUGUGGCGCGCGACACCAUCCGUGGAGCAGUCACCAUGUCGCGGCUCGGUUUAUCCCUUCCCCAGAUUCCUUGGGCACUGGGUCUGCCCUUGUUUGUAUGUAGUCAAAUUUACAAUGUUACCUUGUUUCAGGGGAAGAGAGGUAUUGAGAAGCAGCCUUUCCAGCUUCCUGACUUUAUAGCUGCAACUGGAAUAGAAAAGAUAAGACAGGCGUAUAUUGAGAAAGAGGAUAGCAAGAAGUUGAAACAGAAACAGCGGGAGCGCAUGCAGCCCAAAAUGGGCAAAAUGGAUAUAGAUUAUCAGGUUUUGCAUGAUGCGUUCUUCAAAUAUCAGACAAAACCCAAGUUGUCUAGUCAUGGUGAUCUGUAUUAUGAAGGCAAAGAGUUUGAGGUUAAACUGAGGGAAAUGAAGCCAGGCAUGCUGUCUCAUGAGCUUAAAGAUGCUCUUGGUAUGCCUGAUGGUGCCCCUCCCCCAUGGCUUAUAAACAUGCAGCGCUAUGGUCCACCUCCAUCUUAUCCCCAACUGAAGAUCCCAGGUCUUAAUGCCCCAAUCCCCCCUGGUGCCAGUUUUGGUUAUAGACCAGGAGAGUGGGGAAAGCCACCAGUUGAUGAGCAUGGACGCCCACUCUAUGGAGACGUUUUUGGUGUUCUUCAGCAGGACGAACCUAGCUACGAUGAUGAACCUGUUGAUCGCAGCAAACACUGGGGAGAUUUGGAGGAAGAGGAGGAAGAAGAGGAAGAGGAGGAAGAGGAAGAACCAAUGGAAGACGAGGAAAUGGAAGACGGAAUUCAGUCCGUCGAUACCAUUUCAAGUACUCCGACUGGUGUUGAAACACCUGAUGUUAUCGACCUUCGGAAGCUGCAGAGGAAGGAGACUGACAAGCAGGCAGAACGGCCGUUGUAUCAGGUUCUUGAACAGAAGGACAAAAGGAUCGCCCCUGGGACACUAUAUGGGUCAAGCCAUACGUACGUGCUGGGAGCACAAGAUAAAUCAUCAGCUCCGAAAAGAGUGGAUCUGCUUAAGAAUCAAAAGUCAGACAAGGUGGACGUCACCAUCCAACCCGAUGCCAUGGAUGAUGUUGUGGCAGCCAAGUACGAAGAAGCGCGAGAGGAAGAGAAGCUUCGGAACCAAAAGGAGGACUUCAGCGACAUGGUGGCGGAGAAUGCUCACAAGAGGAAGCGGAAGCAAGAGAAGGAAGGCAAGUCUAAGAAGAAGGAAUUCAAGUUUUAAGGACCGGCGGGAGAUAUAGGCCGCCUAAUGUAAAUUUAACAUUUGUUUUGUUCCUUGGCUCGACUGGAUUUGCUUGCAUGAAGCACCAUGUAGGAAGCUGUUAUUUUGGUUGUGUUGUGGUCACGCCUUGUCCUCUUAUGGAUAUAAGGCUAUUCACAAAGUUGGUUUUAUGGUGGUUUCAUGCACAUUUAAUAGUGUCAUUAGAUUUUUUUAUGACAUAGCAUAUCAUUUAAGGUGAUUAAGUUUUAUAGGAUGAAAGUAGUUUCAUGGAGAUUGAGUUUUAUGAGAUGAAAUUAGUUUUAUGGGGAUGAAACCGUGCCAAGUCGUUUUUAAGUUCUUGUAAACUAUGUGAAACAUUUAUUAAGAGUGAUUUGUUUCA